UUCAUCAAAUGGUAAUCCAUUUUCGGACUCGGAUCCGAUCUCCAGCCCGAACCUAUCUAUUCAAUCCAUUGCCCAGUCCUUUACGAACCCAAACCCCUAAAUCUUCGAAAUCCCUGGAAAUGUCUACAAACCAAUCGAAACCAAAAAGACCCGUAUGUCCAUCAUGCUCCAAACCUGCCCGAACCUGCCUCUGCGAUCGGAUACGGACCCGGAACCUUGACAAUUCGGUAAGUGUAACGAUUCUUCAACACAGUUUAGAAAGAAAUCAUCCUUUGAGUUCUACUAGAAUUGCAAAAUUAGGGCUUAAGAAUCUCAACGUGGUCACUGUUUUUGAAGUUGAUUUUGAGGCCCGGUUCGAAAUCAGGUUGUUGGAACCGGGUCAUGAGUCGGGUCUUGGUCGGGUUGGAUGGGAAAGUUCUGAGUUUGGUCAAGUAGGGGGAAAGGAAGAGAAGCAGAAAGUUGGUUUUGAGAGUUUUGGUAUCGAAGUUGAGGGAAAUGAGAAGUGUCCGGAUGAGAAAAGUGGGGACUUGAUUGAAAGAAACGGAGAAUUUAGUUUGAAAAAUGAUGUUAGUAGGAGUCGAAACGCUGGAAAUUCCUUAAAAGGUUUGGAUUUUGUGGAGAAUUUAGAUGCUUCUAAUGGUGAUGAGCUGUUGUUAGAGUUAACUGGUAGAGAAUGCCGUGGUGCAAGAGGUUCAAUGCCUAUGGAGAAUCCUAGUGAGAAGUUAGAGAAAGGGUUUAAUUUGGAUGCUAAUGUGUUAAAUGAAGCUGCUCUAGAUGACAGAACUGAUUUGGGUCAAAAUGGAGCUGUUCCUAGAGAUAGAGGAGGACCUGUCAUUAGUGCUACUAUGAUUAGGUAUGGACGUAUUACUGAUCUUUCUCAAAUUUGGAAGGUGGACAUACAUGGAAAGAAGCUGAAGUUUGAUCACAUUUUGGCCUCUCUGUUCGCCAGGGAUGCUUUGGCCGGAGGAUUUGUUGUGAAAAAAUUUGAAAGGCGGAAAUUGGAUGGGAAAAUGGAAGUGGAAGAGAAUGAAGAGUUUGAAGUCAAGGUUCCUCCUGGAUCAAUACUCCUAUUCCCAAGUCAAAAUGCAGUUGGAGUUGAAGACCUCAAGUCUAUGGAUUUUGAGGUGAAGAAUUUGAUCGUUUUGGAUGGGACAUGGUCCAAGGCUGGGAGAAUUUACAAUGAGAACCCCUGGUUGAAGCUUUUGCCACAUUUGAGGUUGGAUUUGGAUAAGAUGAGCUUGUAUAGUGAAAUAAGGCAUCAGCCAAAGGCAGGAUAUUUGUCAACCAUUGAGAGCAUUGUGUAUACCUUGAAGGCUUUGGGAGACAAUGUCGAUGGAUUGGACAACCUCUUGGAUGUUUUUGAGUCCAUGGUUGGGGAUCAGAGGCGACUUAAAGAUGAAAGGUUGAGCAAAGCCUCCGAAGAUCGAAUGUACUAAUUUUUGCAUUCUCGGUUAACAUUGUUUCAAACUGAGGCUUUGACCAAUGUUAAGAUAGUCCUAUGCUAACUUUGCAAAGUUAAUGUCUGCAAAUUGCAGCCUCAUAGCAAUGCUGAUGUUAAGCUUAAAUGAGAAGAACAAUGGCUUGCAAUGAGUGGAAUACAAGAUAACUCAGACUAGAAAGCACCUUCAUCUGACCAUUUUCCAGGUCUCGGCGGAAAGUCAAAAAGGCAUACAGCCACUAGCAGGGACAUAAUUGAAUAAUACAAAAAAUUAAUGGGGCACCAAUGAAGAAAUUUGUAAUCACUAAAAUGCCCCUCAAUGAAUUGUAAGUUCAAAAAUCACCUUCUUCUUCUCUUUUUCAUUUCCCAGAUUGCCAUUAGCAACCAAUCUUUCUUCUUCCAGAAACAAUGCAAAAACUCCUCUCACGUCCACUCUCAGCCCCACCGAAACCCUGCUUCUCUUGUUUCUUCUCCCUCUCUCCCUCGAAAACUACUUAUGACCCUCCAUUUUCCCUUAUUUCCAAACCCCCCCAAAACCCAAACCAAAGCCACCC